AUGUCUAAAGGGUUCGAGGUUUAUCCAUUGACGGGGUCGCACAAGGAGGUGGUCAUCAAUGAGGCUCUAAUUCGUAGCGCCAUAUCCUUCAAGCCGUCGUUAACGACUGAGGAUGACCGUGUUCGCGUCGUUGGUAACCAGGAAAAGGCGCUUUGUGAGGAAAAGGUGCGGAAGGAGGCGGCUGGCAUCGCGUUAGAGGACGUUCAGACACUUCUUCUUUCCUUUCGCGGUAUUAAGCGUCUCGAAAACCUGAGCUCCCUGCGCUCCUUGACAAAGCUGCACCUGGACAACAACCGAAUCCGGUGCAUCGAGAACCUCGAAAGCCUCGUGCAUCUUGAGUGGCUCGAUUUGAGCUACAACGCCAUCGAAGUGAUCGAUGGGUUGCAAGCUCUACAGCAUCUCAACUGCUUGUCUCUCUACGCUAAUAAAAUUACGGCCGUAGAUGGACUGAUGUGCUUACCAGAGCUGAACACACUUAGCCUAGGUAGCAACCCGCUGGAAAGCAUGGAUGAGACCGUGCAUUAUCUGCACCACCUGCCACGCCUACAGGUGUUGACGCUGAAGGAGUGCCCGCUAGCUGCUUUGCCGAACUACCGAUCUCGAGUACUCGCGUUUGUGCGUGGACUGAAGUUCUUCGAUGGGCACCUCGUGAGGCAAGAAGAGGCUGCGAAGGCGCGCGAGGCAUUUCGAGAGAAUUUGCUUACGGUGGACGAGGAAGACGAAGCUCGUGCCGCAGCGACAAAGUUGCAGGCAGAUCAGGCGAUCAUCGCAUCAUCCUAUCAGCAGUACAACUGCCCGAAUGAAGUGAUGCUCUUUGACGAGCUACUUCACCUCGACCCUGAAGGUCGCCACAUGGAGGCCAUUCUACGAAGCGAGGUGGUGUUCUCGGUUGCAAAGGAGCCGCUGGACAGGUAUCAGACCGAGUUCAACGACCAACUGAAGCAGCUCACGGCUGCCAUGAAGGACAUCCGUGAACGCCGCGACGCUGAUGACGCGGCCUAUCGUGAGGCCCUCGCCUACACGCUGCGCCACAGCGCUGCUUCUUCUCGGGCAUCCAUACAGCGUUUCGAGACGCUCGCGAAGGGGCAAAUUGUCAAAGGCGUCGCCCAGCAGGUGCCUGGCUCGGCGAAGCGGCUUUCGUCUCAAGUGACCAGGUCUCUACACGCAGCGCUGGACAAGCUAAAGAAAGAUCUUUUAGAAGAAGAGGCUCAUCAGUACGACGUGCUCGAGGUUCUGCACAACAACACCAUCGCCAAGUGGAAGUCACAUUCGGUAGAGGUCGUCCUCCAGAGCUCCUUUGAAGCACUGCUUCGCCUCGAGACGGACUUCCAAGUGAUGGUGCGGCACAUCUUCGAUGCUGUCUUUGAGGAGCGUCGCAAAAGCGACAAUGCGGAGCGGACGUUUCGCUAUGUGGGCCAGAACAAUGCCAUGCUUGCGUUUCUCGAUAACAAGGAGGAGUAUCAGCGCACCGUGAACGAAUGGUACGAGCUUCGACGCAAACGUGUCGAAGAGCUUGAGAUGCACCACCUCAAGGCCGAGGAAAACUUGCUGAACGCACGCGCAAGCGCUAUUUUAGCCGCUGAGCAGGACCGCCACCGACUGCGCGUGCAUGAGGUGUGCCAGUACGUGAAGGAGAUGUCGAACAUGAUAGACGGGUGUGAUCAUUAA